AUGCCUAGCAGAUCUCUAAGAAAAAUGGAACUCAACCGAGAACAUUUUCGCGCCAUAAUUUAUUACAACAUUCACAGACAAUUAUCGCAACAAGAAUGCCUUGCUGAGUUACUGUCGGUUUUCGGCAACGAAUCGCCAUAUCAUUCGACAAUUUUCCGUUGGUAUGGAGAAUUCAAAGGUGGACGGGUGAGUCUCAGCGACGAUCCCAGGGAAAACGUCGAUGCUGUGCGCAAACUCAUCAUGGAAGAUAGACAUGUGACAUAUCGCGAGAUUAAGGCGUCCUUGAAGAUCUCAAAGACCUCAAUUCAAAAAAUGUUACAUGAAGAAUUAAGAGUAAGAAAAUUAGUUUCUCGUUGGAUACCCCACCUGUUGACUGAAGAGCAGAAAGCAGCCAGGUUUAAUUGGUGUCAAAAAACGCUUGACCGCUUCAAUUUCGGAAAAUCAAAAAAUGUGUACAGCACUGUUAGUGGUGAUGAAUCGUGUAUUUACUGUUAUGAACCAGAAAAUAAACGACAGUCGGCUGUUUGGGUGUUCCAAGGUGAAGAAAAGCUAACAAAAGUCAUCCGUUCUCGAAGUGUUUCGAAAAAGAUGGUCGCGACAUUUGUGUCAAAAGCGGGUCAUAUGGCGACAAUUCCUCUUAAUGAGCAAAGAACUGUUACUGUGGAUUGGUAUACCACCAUUUGUUUGCCAAAAGUCAUCAUCGAGCUUGGAAAAAUCAACCCCAAAAGAAGAAUCAUCCUCCACCAAGACAAUGCAAGCUCGCACACAGCCCAAAAAACAAGGCGUUAUUUAACGGAAGAAAACUUGGAAUUAUUGGACCAUCCUCCAUAUAGUCCCUAUCUAAAAGAAGCAGUUGACGCAUUCAAAAAUGCCGUUUUGGAUCUGCCAGCAAACGAGUGGAAUAAGUGCUUCGAAAAUUGGUUCGAGCGCAUGCAGAUGUGUAUUAAUCUUCGUGGAGAAUACUUCGAAAAACAGUUAAAAUUCAAGGACAAGGCGUCAUAG